CUAGCUUGUUUUUAACUUCGCUUUUUAACCGAACCUUGUGCUGAUUUUGAUUGUUUUUUCAGGGUUUACAGUUGGAAUAUUAUUUUCUUUACGUUUUCUUAGUGUAAUGUCCUCGUGGUGGCCGGUUUUUGUUACAUAUCUGGCUGGCCAUUGCCCAAUAAAGUCUGCACUGUCACUGUGGAGUGUAUGAGCAUUGCUAGCAUAGUUAUACAGUACAGUUACACACAGCAGUGCCAGCACUGAUUAUAAAUAGUGAUAAUAUUAAUUUACUUUGCCAGCUGACAGCUAUGGACAGAUUUAUUCACUCAUUUAAGGCAUGUGUGAAAGCGAAUGACAGUGAGGAGAAGCCGCGUACACGCCUGCGCCCCUACACCACGGAUUACACUGCCAACCCACACAGCCGUUUCGCCGUCAGCCUAUUCCACUCGCUGCUCGAUGCUUCGUGUGCGCCUGAUACAAACGUGUCCGUGUGCCCGCGUGCAGUGCACGUCCUCCUGGCCGCGAUGUUGCCAGCGAGCGGCGCACCACCAUCUUCCCCGUCGUCGUGGAGGCCAAUCCAGUUACAGACGAGCCCCGAGGGCGGGGAGCGCGACGACACCUGGGCAACGGUGCCAGCAUUGCGCCGCGUCACCUACAACACGUCGGCCACGCUGUCGGCCGUCGCGUUCAUCGACGACAACGCCAGUCUUCCUGAGCAAAGGAGGCUGGAUACGCUUCAGUAUGUCCGUGUGCCGUUCCGCGCCGACCCGCCGAAAGCCCUGCGCAUCAUCAGUCAGUUGGCGGGCAGCGGCGAACCGAUAUUCACAGCGGCCGACCGCUCGUUGAUCAUCGUGCAGUUCUGCCGCUUCAACGGCGUCUGGGAGCACCCCUUCAGCCGCUACACCACGCCCGCAACGUUCUACUGCGCGGACGGUGAGGAGAAGACGGUGGACAUGAUGGAUCACAAGUACACCUGCCUGCGCGUCUACAACUUGCAUCAGCACUAUUGCGACGUUAUCGAGGACGGCGACCCGCACAUGGUCAUCCUCAACAUCGACCGCCGGCUGUUCAGCGUGAUGAUCCUGCUGCCGACGGCUCGUUCCGGCGGGACAGCGACGCUGGAGGCCGGUCUGACGCUGGAAAAGCUGCUGGCGUGGCGCCAGAAGAGCAAAGACCAAUCAGUGCGCAUCGUCCUGCCGAAAUUCCGCAUCAGCUGCACCGUUGAUCUGCAGCCGUGUUUGCUAUCGAGGGGACUGGGUGGAUUGUUCGCGUCUGCACCCGAUGUUGAUCCCAGUGGUUGUAUGCACGCUGAUGAAAUACUGCAGCAUAUUCCCUUAGAUAUGAGCGAAUACGGUAUGAGCACUCCGCCGUUCGAGUGGGUCCACGUGGAGUACAGCAUGGUGGAUAGUGAUCCAGACUUUGUGGCCAAUCGGCCCUUCCUGCUGAUUAUCUGGGACGAGGUGGCCAAUGUUCCGCUGAUUCUGAGCCGCGUAACCGAUCCCACCGUGUCAUCCCGCUGUGCGGCUUCCUAGGCCGUUCAUCAGCACCCAUGCACCGUUUCAUGCCAAGUUGUUUGCGCGUAUUCCGGUGUAACCAGAAGAAGCAGUGUGAAAUACGAAGCUGUUUAUUGACUAUACCGCUAAGGCGCUAACCAUAGAAGUAUUUUGAACCAUAGAUUUUUUAAAUAUUUAAAGUAUAGAUAUUUUAACCAUAGAAGUACUUUUAUAGAUAUUUACGCAAUGUCUCUAUCUCUGCAUAGAUGCCCAGUUUUUUAAAAUCCAUAAUGAUAAUCCAUCCCGAUUUUGCGCCAGAAAAUCAGUAUUGAGAUACAACGGGGAAA